UGUCUCUCUCACUUUCUCUCUCCCCAUUUACUCUUUCUCCAUGUUUGAACCUUUUUCAGUUAACUAAAAAAUGAAAAAGGAAUCUCCUCUCAUCUUACCCUCUAUUAAUGUUCCGGAAACAUAGAAAACUCAAACCUGUUUUGUCUUUUGAUAAUUAGCCAUACAAGCAACACUGCAAGUAGAUGUCUCCAAUUUCAAAGCAGUUUUCAGGUGAUUUUCGAAAGCAAGCCACUUCCAACUGAUCUUCAAACUUGAAAGGAUAUGACUAAGUAAUUCUUCAGCUUCAAGCUCUUAAUCUGAUGGUUGAUUGCUGCAUUUGCUUUACUUAUCACCGUGCAAUUUAAGCAUAGCCAAGUCAUGAGACCUAACUUGGAUCUUGAAGUGGAGGCUUCUGCGGAAAAUGAAUCUGAAAUUAGCAGCCAGGUUGCAUCCAACAUAUUCAUUCAUGAAAUAUCUGCAGGUCCUUCUAGUGACAGCCUCCACAACGCGUCAGACAACACAAACACCAUAGUAUUUCAACUAAGUAAUUCAGAUCCUCUUUCACUUGACUUAACUCUUAGCUCUAAUAACAGCGCGCUAGGCCCUGCUAGAGACUCCAUAGGACUCUCAUUCUCAAGCACCAGUGAGAGCAGUAAUGAACCUGCGUCUCAAACCACAUCAGCCACCAUCCAAAGAGUCUUCUCUUGCAACUACUGUCAGCGCAAGUUCUUCAGCUCACAGGCUCUCGGUGGCCACCAGAAUGCACACAAGAGGGAAAGAACACUAGCAAAGAGAGCUAUGAGAAUGGGGUUUUUCUCUGAGAAGUAUGCAAGUUUAGCAUCCCUCCCUCUUCAUGGCUCUUUCAGGUCGUUAGGAAUAAAAGCACACUCCUCACUCCACCAUGGCUUUUCACCAUCAAUGAUGAGGCCUUACGAGAUUAAAAGCAAUGCAAGAUUCGAUCAAGGGCAUGUUGGGAUGCCAAUGUUCAUGGAGGAUGAUGAGGCAGAACUGCUAUGGCCUGGUAGUUUCCGGCAGGUUGGAGAGGCAAGUGAUAAUGAUAAUACUCAUCAUCACCAACAUCAUCAUCAGAAGUUUGUGGUCACUGGAAGUUCAAAUUUGAGUUUUGCAGAAGUGAAUCCGGAAGUACACCUUGAGCAAGAGGACUCAACACCAGAUUUAACAUUGAAACUAUGAAGGAGUUGGCUUAUCAACUUAAUUUACAUAUUUUUGUACAGUAAGACUUGGAUGCAGUGGCAAGAUUGCCAGAUUGAUUUUUAACACUGUUUGGGCUUUUCUUUUUCUUUUUCUUUUUCUCCAUCAGUUUUUUUUUUUUCCUGCCUUCCUCCUAGGAAUUUCUGCUUUGGUGUUUCACUCCUUGUUUCUCCUUGUAUAAGAGCUCUGAGAUGACACUUUGAGAGCUUAUGUGCUUGUUAUAUAAAUCAUGCUUUUGUUUACUGUAA